UUUUCCUCCAACCAACCGGCAUGUAAAUAGGAGCGUGUGGUCCUUUGAAGACUCACCGUGGCGUGUACUUGACUGUGAUUUACUUCAUUUAGUUCAAUGUGUCGGAGGAGUGCAUCGCUGUCGGGGGAAGCUCAACUCUUUCUUUGAUAUGAAACGUAGCGACUAUGCAGUCCAGCAGUAGCGAACCGCGACUAGUGCGGCUUCUGUUGUGUGUCUUUGUCUUAGUACUUUUACCUCCAUCAUACGGCAAACGGGAUUUAAAAAGCGCCUGUUCAACAUGUCAGAAAAUCACAGAAAACUUCAGCAAGGGCUUUGAGAAGACGACGAACCAGAACUUUGGUGGAGGCAACACAGCCUGGGAAGAGAGGAAACUGUCCAAAUAUGAGACGAGUGAGAUUCGUCUGAUGGAGAUCAUGGAGGACCUGUGUGAGAGCAGCAGUUUCGAGUGCAACCAAAUGUUAGAAGAACACGAGGAGCUUUUUGAAACGUGGUGGUUCAAAAGGAAGACGAAACAUCCAGAUCUGCACAAGUGGUUCUGCAUUGAGACGAUCAAGGUUUGCUGUCCAAAAGGAACGUUUGGACCGGACUGCAAUGCUUGCGUCGGAGGCUCUGAGAAACCGUGUCACAGCAAUGGCGUCUGUGACGGCGACGGCACUCGUGGUGGAGACGGGAAGUGCAGCUGCAACCACGGUUACAAGGGCGAGUUCUGCCUGGACUGCAGCGACGGAUUCUACAGUCAAGAGAAGAACGACAGCUUCGCUCUGUGUUCAGAAUGUCAUGAGUCAUGCAUUACCUGCAAUGGAGCGACACACCAGGACUGCGAUGAGUGUAAGGCGGGGUGGCAGGAGGACGAUCAGGAGGCCUGUGUCGAUGUUGACGAGUGCUCCAGAGAUACUUCGCCAUGCAAGGACGAUCAGUUCUGCCUGAACUCUGAGGGGUCGUUCUCCUGCAAAGCUUGUGACAAGGUAUGUUCCAGUUGUAUUGGACCGGGUCCUGACAAGUGCCAGAAUUGUGCAGCUGGGUACCAGAACACAGACGGCACCUGCACAGAUGUCGAUGAGUGUUUGCAGUCGGACGUGUGCGCGUUGCCGCACCGGCACUGUGUCAACAGCAGGGGGAGCUAUUCGUGCAUCUGCUCCAACGGGUACGAGGAGAAAGACGGCGAGUGCGUCGAGGUGGUGCUUCAGGAUGAAGAGGAAAAUAAAGAAGAAGAUGCCACAAAUCCACACAAAGAACUUUGACAUUUGAACUGUUUUGGAGAUUUUUCCUUUUUAAAAUCAUGUUUCCCAAAAGCACUUGGUGUGUGGACUGCACCUAUGGAACCUUCUGGAUUUCUGCUGCGUCAUCUCUUUUCGUCUCCCAGAAUGAAGCCACUUGUCUCUGUUUUUAAUGUGUGAAAUGUUUUUUGGAGUAAAAUAA